AUGCUACAUAGACAUUCAGCUAAACAUAGAAAUCCUAGAACAGUAUUCACUCAUAAAAAGAGUGAUUUACCACCUGAAUCGAAGCUACUUUCAUACCAGGAGCAAGAACUGGAAAAGGGAAAACUGUCCGGAGUUGAGUCUGUAGAUGAUGCGAGACCUACGCUUGCUAAUAAGUAUAAGAUUCCAAAGCAGGGAAUUGAAGAGAAGUAUGCUUAUCAGCUGGUUCAUAACGAGUUGACAUUGGAUGGUAAUCCUCAUUUGAAUCUGGCUAGCUUUGUCAAUACUUACAGUACCGAUGAGGCAAAAAGACUAAUUACAGAAAAUUUAAAUAAAAAUCUGGCAGAUAACGACGAAUAUCCUCAAUUGAUUGAGAUUACUCAACGCUGUAUAUCAAUCUUAUCACAAUUAUGGCAUUGCGACGAAAACAUGGAACCAAUGGGCUGUAGUACCACUGGUUCAUCUGAAGCUAUUAUGUUAGGUGGCCUGGCAAUGAAAAAGAAUUGGGUUAAAAAGAUGGAGAAAGCUGGGAAACCAAUUGAUAAACCAAAUAUUGUUAUGUCAUGUGCCUGUCAAGUUGCAUUAGAGAAAUUCGCUAGAUAUUUUGACGUUGAAUGUAGAUUAGUGCCUGUCAGUGCUAAAUCUCAUCACAUGCUAGACCCUUCUUUAUUGCACGAGUACGUUGAUGAAAAUACUAUUGGAUUGUUUGUAAUUAUGGGUACCACUUAUACCGGCCAUUUAGAGGAUGUAGAAGACGUUUCCAAUACCCUUACUAAAUUGGAAAAGGAGCAUCCCGAAUGGUCAAACACACAAAUUCCCAUUCAUGUCGAUGGUGCCUCUGGUGGUUUUAUAGUUCCAUUUGCCUUUGAAAAUUCUCAUAUGAAGGAAUUUGGCUUGGAACGCUGGGCUUUUAAUAACCCAAGGGUCGUUAGUAUAAACACUAGUAGUCAUAAAUUUGGUCUCACUACACCGGGUUUAGGUUGGGUUCUUUGGAAGGAUGAAGCUUACUUACCUCAAGAAUUGAGGUUCAGAUUAAAGUAUUUGGGUGGUGUUGAGGAAACAUUUGGUCUGAAUUUUUCAAGGCCUGGUUUUCAAGUGGUUCACCAAUAUUUUAACUUUAUAUCAAAGGGAGCUGCUGGCUACAGAGAAACUUUUAGAAGAUCUUUAUUCGUUGCAAGAGUGUUUUCGCACGGGUUACUAACUUCUAAUAAGCUAAAGGGAUGUUUUGAUAUUGUCAGUAGCAUUCACGAGAAAAUUACUGAUUCAUCUACUCCAAAAGGGGUAAAUGAAUACUGGGAAUCUCCAAGUUUAUUCAAACCAGGUGUCCCACUAGUUGCCUUUAAAUUAACAAAAGAAUUUCAAGCUGAAUAUUCUGAGAUUCCCCAAGUCCUCAUUUCAUCUAUGUUGAGAGCUAGAGGUUGGAUUAUUCCUAAUUAUCCAUUACCAAAAUCAACUGAUGAAUCUGACAAGGAUGAAGUGUUAAGGGUUGUAUUUAGACAUGAAAUGAAGCUAGAUUUGGCACAGUUACUACUUUUCGAUAUCGAAAUGGUCAUGCAAAGAUUGGUCAAUUCAUACAGGAGAGUUUGUAUGCAUGUUGAUAAGAAAUUGACUGAGUCGGACGAGAGUAAGGGAUUAAGACGUAGCUUCAUUUAUGAUAUGCUAUUGACGUUAGCAUCUCCAGAAGGGGAAGAAAUUUCUGAAGGUGAUUUGAAUGCAAAAGAGGACGAACUCAAUAAAAAGCAUAAGAAGAAGCAAGAAAUCAGAGAACGUACUUCCAGAAACUACAGAGGCACAUGCUGA